AUGUCUGGAUUUCCGUCAAGGCCGUUGGCUUCGCACAUGCGGCAGCCCUCGCUCUCUGGCAGCGCCGGAGGUCAGUCUCCUGCUCUGGUUGCACGAGUCAAUGAGAAGAAGGCCGAGCUGGAGAAUCUCAAGGAGCUUCGCGAUCUUAGUGCAGCUGUCGCCACGCAAAUGGAGGCCCUCGAGCAGAAGCUUGCCACGCUUUCUGAUGGGACGGAAGCCAUCGCCCUGGUGUUGAGCAAUUGGCAUAACGUGCUAAGGGCCAUCAACAUGGCAUCGGCAAAACUUCCAAAACCUGCUGCUCAGCCCGAAAAAGCAGAGGAGCCGCCUCUUCCUCAGACACUUGUUCGGAUCCCAACAGAACAUGCUCCUGCACUCCAAGCGCAUGCAGAGGGGCAAGCUGAGGAAGAGUCGGGGUGA